AGGGGUAAGAAUGGUGGCAAUUUCGCUUUACAGAGGGAAUCUUCACCGUGUUCCGGACGUGCCUCGUCGAUGGCUAAUGCCAAAUCCAAAAAUCUCUCUCAAAGACUUCAAAUCCCUUCUAGCUCGUCGUUCCAAGGCACUCUCUCGCCUAAACGCCACUACCUCCUCCAACCCUAACCCUAACCCUGACCCUGACCCUACCACUCUCGCCAACGCUCAAAACGGUUCUCAAACCGAACCACCAAAGGAUACGAGCAAUCAAGGCGAAGGGCCUUCGAACACGGCCGAAGAAGAAGAUCGCAAAGAAGCGGAACUCGUUGGUGGUAGUUCCGUGAAGAAACCAGUUGAUGGAUCUGAUUCGUUCAUCGAUUCGAAGAACGAUGCUUCGGAAAAAGCAUUUGACGGCGGUGUCACUUCGCCGGAAAAACAGACUGAGCCGAUCACGGACUAUGUGGAUGUGCUUAAUGAUAAGGAGAAAAGGAAGAAGGAAGUUGAAGAUAAGUUGCAAGUUUUGAAUGCGAAGAAACAUAAUCUGGUGUUAGUGUUGAAGCAGAUCUUGAAUGCAGAGGAAGAAUUAAAGAGAAGAAAUAGUAUGCAAGGGGUUGCAAUGCGUGGCCCUUCUGUUCCACUUCAAGCUGAUGGAACAAAUGAUACUGGUUCAAUGACCAGGCAUAUGGCUCCAAGGUUGGGCUCUGAGGGAAAUCUUGUUGGUUAUGUCGAUGGCGGCGAAGCUGAUGAUUUUGCUAACCAUAAUAUGCAUUCUCGCCAUAUGCUUCGGACAAGUAGCAUGUCCCCUUCUUCAGAGUCCCCUCUUAGGAGGACCCCAAGCGUUCAACAGAACGUGGUUUCACACCCUUCUCGAGCAAGUUUGGGGGCCACUGGUAGUCCGUCACGCUUUGCUCUUUCAGGACAUCAGGGGAAUCCCAUGAACCUGCCUUCAGUGUCUGUAUCAGGAGCUAGUUACAUUGCAUCGUCCCCUUCCCCAGCAGCAUCCGGUGGCACUUCUGUCUUUAGAGAUGCUCGGCAGCCAAGUCCAUGGAAGUAGAUGUUUUCUUCCUCUUCCUUGUGAUGAUGUUGAUGUGCUAUCGUUCUCAAUUUCUGAACUCUGGUUGGUGUAUAUAGUUUUCUGAAUGAGCAAUGCUAGGAAGACCUCUGUCUGUUUACUGAGAAGUUCUAUGUAUUGAUUCUUCAAAAUUGGACUGCCUAGUGUGAUACCAUAUUGCCAAAUUCCUUUUUUUUUUUUUUUUGCUGUCUUCUUGAGCGGGGUUUCCAGUUAUAAUAUACUUAUGUUUUAAAACAUUGCAACAUGAAUGAUUUACGGGGUUUAUCGACAGCCAGCAGGUUCAAGCUGUAAAUCUGGAACAAUGUUAAAAGAUUUGAAAUAUCCAGAGCUGUACCUUUUA